CCUGCCUCCAUCCUCUGGUCCCGCAGCCUCGCUCUGGAGCGGCGGGGCCUUUGUCGCGGGCGGAGGGCGACGGGCCGGGCCCAGCGCGGGCCUACAGCAAAGGAAUGAAAUGGAUAAAACAAGAAAAACUUUCAGAAGUUCAUUGCUGACUACUGUUGACAUUCAAUGGCCAUGACUUUCCAAGUCUACAGGCAAUGAAUGGACAAGCAAUCGUGUGGGAGAGCGUCCACUGGGAAGCUGCGCCACAGGCCGCGGGCUGAGCCGGCGGAUGUCCCUGAGGAGUCACAGAUCCUGGCGGAUGCUCCCCGAGGAAGGCCCUUCCCGGACCCUCCCGCGGCCCCGGAGAGCCACGACGCCCCGGAGAGCCAGGGCCGCGGGGGAUGCAGGCGCUGAGGGGCGCCCCGCCGGCGGUCCUGCCUAGACUGGCAGCUUCCCUCCAGGAUGUCCUGCAACCGCUCGUCCGCGGAGCCCUUUGAGCACCUGCUGCCCAACGGCAGCCACGCGUGGGCGGCGGCGGCGGCGGCGCCCCUCCGCGGCUGCCUGGCGGGCGUCCUGGUGCUGAUGAUCGCCGUGGGCUUCCUGGGCAACUCGGUGGUCUGCGUCAUCGUGUACCAGCGGCCGGCCAUGCGCUCCGCCAUCAACCUGCUGCUGGCCACGCUGGCCUUCUCCGACAUCAUGCUGUCGCUGUGCUGCAUGCCCUUCGCGGCCGCCACGCUGGUCACCGUGCGCUGGCGCUUCGGCGACUCCUUCUGCCGCCUGUCGGCGGCGCUCUACUGGCUCUUCGUGCUGGAGGGCGUGGCGGCGCUGCUCAUCAUCAGCGUGGACCGCUUCCUGCUCAUCGCGCAGCGCCAGGACCGCCUCACGCCGCGCCGCGCCAAGGCCGUCAUCGCCGCGUCCUGGGCGCUGUCCCUGUGCGUGUCGGCGCCCGCGCUGGCCGGCCGGCCGCCCGUGGAGGUGCCGGCGCGCGCGCCGCAGUGCGUGCUGGGCUACACCGAGCUGCCCGCCGGCCGCGCCUACGCCGUCACGCUGGUGGUGGCCGCCUUCUUCGCGCCCUGCGGCGUCAUGCUGGCCGCCUACCUGGGCAUCCUGCGCGCCGUGCGCCGCAACGCCGUCCGCGUGCGCAACCAGUCCGACAGCCUGGACCUGCGGCAGCUCGCCCGGGCGCGGGCCGGCCUGCGGCGCCGGCAGCAGCAGGUCAGCCUGGACCUGAGCUUCAAGACCAAGGCCUUCACCACCAUCCUCAUCCUCUUCGUGGGCUUCUCCCUGUGCUGGCUGCCGCACGCCGUCUACAGCCUCCUGUCCGUGUUCAGCCGGCGCUUCUACUGCAGCCCGUCCUUCUACACCACCAGCUCCUGCGUGCUGUGGCUCGGCUACCUCAAGUCUGUCUUCAACCCCAUCGUCUACUGCUGGAGGAUCAAGAAGUUCCGCGAGGCCUGCAUCGAGCUGCUGCCCCAGACCUUCCAAAUCCUCCCCCGGGUGCCCGAGCGGGUCCGAAGGCGCGUCCAGCCCAGCACCGUCUACACGUGCAGCGAAAGCCAGUCGGCUGUCUAGCCAGAGGCGGUGGGUGGAGGGGCACAGGGCCUGGGGCCUGGGCCCGCUGUCCUGCUCUGCCUCCUGGCCCUGAGCCCCAGAGGCAUG